CAACAAGUGUGUGAGAAACAGGAAGUCGUGCGCGUGUAUGCAUGUGUGCUUGUACGUCUAUGUGUGCGUCAGCAGCUUCACAACAACAUAAAUCGGAAACAAAGAAAAAGUGACUUGAAGGUUGUUCAUCAGCUCUCAUAUCGAGUGUGUGAGUGUAUGUGUGUUGCCUGUGUGAUCAAUAGUACAAUAGAUUGAUGGAUCUUCAACACGGAGAGGAUUUCACCACCAGGAACCCUCAAGAUGACUUUGAGAUCCUGCUCAGUGUCGGAUGGGGAACCUACGGGGAAGUUUACAAGGCACGUAAUAAGCAGACUGGGAACCUGGCAGCCAUUAAGAUUAUUAAAACUGAACCAGAGGAUGACUUUUCCACCAUCCAGCAGGAAAUAGUCAUCGUGAGGAGCUGCAAACAUGGCAACAUUGUGGCUUAUUACGGCAGCUACAUAUGGGCCAACAAACUGUGGAUCUGCAUGGAAUUCUGCGGGGGAGGAUCCCUGCAGGAUGUUUACAGUGUGACAGGUCCACUGUCAGAAGCACAGAUUGCGUACGUCUGCAGGGAGAUGCUCCAGGGUGUGGACUACCUCCAUUCACAGAGGAAAAUGCACCGAGAUAUCAAGGGUGCCAACAUCCUUCUCAAUGAUCACGGUGAGGUAAAGUUGGCCGACUUUGGCAUCUCCGCCCAAAUCACGGCUACGCUGGCUUGCCGGAUGUCCUUUAUCGGGACACCAUAUUGGAUGGCGCCAGAGGUGGCGGCGGUGGAAAUCAGAGGCGGUUACAAUGAGCUCUGUGACAUCUGGUCAGUGGGCAUCACCGCCAUUGAGCUGGCAGAGCUGCAGCCACCCAUGUUCGAACUCCACCCGUUACGUGUCCUGUUUCUCAUGUCCAAGAGUGGUUACCAGCCUCCCAAACUGAAGGACAAGGCAAAAUGGUCAUCCAUGUUCUACAACUUUGUGAAGGCUGUGCUGGUGAAGAACCCCAAGAAGAGACCAAGCGCCUUCAAGAUGCUCUCACACAUGUUCCUGACCCAGCAGAGUCUGAGUCGGGCGCUGACUCUGGACCUAUUGGAGAAGUGUCGACACCCCGAGAAUCUCAAGUUCAGCUCAGCGACAGAUGACGACGAAAUGGAGUGUGCAUCAAAGAUGAGUGUGCCCAGAUCAUUGAAGAGGAUCCAGUCCAUCAACAAACACAACUGGGCCGAGAGGAAACACUCACACACAAAGGUGGAGCAAGUCUACUCUCAGACACCUGUGAAGAAAGAAUCAGAACAUACAACUAUGAUGAGUUCCGGAAGCUCACAUGGCAUCAACACACAUUCUGUGAGGGAAAAAGACUCAGAUUCUUCAGACGAUGACUAUGAUGAUGUGGAUGCUGUCACAAUGCCACCAAACCAAAUGCCACCUCCACUUCCCCCCAGGCUCAAAGUGCGUUUGAGCUCAGAAGAAAUCAUUUUGGUGGAAGACAAUGGUGCGGUAAAACCUUCCUCAGUGUGCGUCCCCUUGCCCCUCGUUAGGACGUCCAGUGAGACACGCGUCAGAGCAGCUCCACACCCGAGACUCAUGAGACACUCAGACCCCGUGUCCUUCCAGUUGAACGACCAUGAUGUCGUGCUUUUACCCCCUGAGCUGCCUCCGAAAAGCAGACGCAGACACCAGCAGCCCUCAUCAAAGGACCCUGCCGAGUGUGUGAGUCCUCUCAUCAAACCUCUUAUCUACUGUAAGAUCUUCCAGGGCUGCCCUCUUAAAGUAAAGUGCUCCACCACUUGGGAACACCCAGAAACAAAAGACCAGCACCUGAUCCUGGGUGCAGAGGAGGGCAUCUACACACUCAACCUCAACAGCUCAGAAGCCACAAUGGAGCUGUUGUAUCCUGGCAAGUGCACCUGGGUCUACUGCUGCCGCAACGUCCUCAUGUCCGUAUCGGGUAAAUCCUCACAGCUUCACUCCCAUUCGUUGAAGGAGCUUUACGAGCAGGCUCGUAGGGACCAGAGGAUGAUGGCGCUGCCCACUCAUCUACUGUUGCCACGGAAAUGUGCAGUGACGUGUAAAAUUGCUGACACCAAAGGCUGCAGGACCUGCUCAGUCGCUGACAACUUCCUGUGCUGCGCGCUGGAGUCGAGUGUGGUGUUGCUGCAGUGGUACGAGCCCAUGAAAAAGUUCAUGCUCAUCAAGCAUUUCGACUUCCCCCUCACCAAUGCCUUGCGGGUGUUUGAGAUGGUGCUGGACCCCCAGCAGGAGUACCCGCUGGUGUGCAUCAGUGUCUCUCGGGGGACUGGCCCCACGCUGCCCAUCACUUUGGAGUACAUCAACCUCAAUUCCAACACUUCCUGGUUCACGCAUGUCGACACGGAUCAGCGCCACCCAGAUGCCAUGCAGGUCAACCAGCUGGACAGCAACUCACUGCUGGUCCUCCUUGAAAGGUCAGUACACAUAGUCAGCCUGGAGGGGGCGGUAAACAGCAACCAGCCUCGUGAGACCACAUUCUUGCAGGACGUGGAGUCUGUCGUGUAUUUGGAGGACACAUUCCUAGCAGUGUGGCGUCAUGGCUGGCUGAGGACAAAAAGAGGCGUUGCCAAGGUGUUGGAGGAGACCACGGACCCCAAGAAGAUCUUCCGGCUGGUGCCGUCUGACAGGAUGGUCAUCAUGGAGACGCACCAGACUGAGGACCCGUCGGGGCUGUCCAACCUGUACUUGUUGGAGAUUGCUGAGAAUUACGUCAUGCUUCCUUGAUGCCCCUGAGCACAGCAUCAUGGGAUACAUGAUGUUGGUGAAACUGGUUUCAUUGGGAUCCAGGAAAUCCACAAGCCACUGGAUUGUCAAUCAGUUCUGAUGGGAUCAAUGUAACACUGCCAUGUAUUAAAGUAACUUCAUGAGG